ACCGGCAGGAGAUAUAAUACAUAGUAUCAGAGACCAGCAGCCUUCCAUUGUCAAUACCAGUGAUAAUAUUUAAGGAUAUUUUGUGAAGUGGUUCCUUGUAUCAUACAACACAAUUUUCAGGCAUAUUUUGGCCCAUGAGCUACUUCUGGCCUGGAUACUGAAAUAAGAAAGGAACUGAAGAAAGAGGGAAACAAAAAACAGUGGACGAGAGAAGGAGCCUGACAACGGAAUGACGGUGCUGCAGGAACCUGUUCAGGCUGCUGUUUGGCAUGCACUAAACCACUAUGCCUACAGAGAUGCCGUGUUCCUGGCCGAGAGACUAUAUGCUGAAGUGCAUUCGGAGGAGGCCCUCUUUCUGUUAGCCACAUGCUACUAUCGUUCGGGAAAGGCCUACAAGGCAUACCGCCUUCUCAAGGGGCACAGCUGCACAACGCCACAAUGCAAAUACCUCCUCGCCAAGUGCUGUGUGGAACUGAGCAAGCUUGCAGAGGGAGAGCAGAUCCUGACAGGGGGGGUCCUGAACAAACAGAAGAGCCAGGAGGACAUCGUCACAGAGUUUGGAGACUCUGCCUGUUUCACAUUGUCCCUAUUGGGGCAAAUCUAUUGCAAAACGGAUCGUCUGGCCAAAGGUUCUGAAUGUUAUCAGAAGAGCCUGAGUAUGAAUCCUUUCCUGUGGUCUCCCUUUGAGUCCCUCUGUCAGAUCGGCGAUCGGCCGGACCCAGAGCAGAUCUUCAGACUGACGUCCCUGCAGUUCUUUAGCGGUGGGAGUGGAGCCCCUCCCCUGUUCCCUAUCAGCCCUGCCCACACACCAAGCCACAACAUGCCCCACCGCCAGGUGGACACGGUGCUCAUGGAGACGCCCCAGGACACCUUAGAAUUAAACAGACUGAACCUGGAGUCUUCCAACUCAAAGUACUCGUCUCUGAACACAGACUCCACCAUGUCCUACAUUGACUCGUCUGUCAUCUCCCCGGACACCGUAGGGCCUCUGGGUACAGGCAGCUCCCUGCUAUCCAAACAAGUGCAGAACAAACCCAAGAGUGGGCGCAGUCUACUGGGGGGACCGGCAGCACUCAGCCCCCUAACGCCCAGUUUUGGAAUCUUGCCCCUGGAGCCCAGCCCAGGGGACCCCUUGUAUCUGCAGAACUACUCUCACAGUGGCUCGGGGAUGGAGCCACCCCCUCCCGGAGUCCCACCAAAGAAGUCUGUAGCGAGAAUCAGCCAGCCGGGGACGAAGUCGGUGUUUGCACAGAGUGGCAACAGCAGGGAGAUCAUCCCUAUCUCCUUCAACCAGACUCAGACCACUGCCCCCCCACAGACCAGUACUACGCCUCAAGUGCUGAGCCCCACAAUCGCUGCUCCCCCCAACGUGCAGCCCAGACGGAGCUCCAGACUCUUCACCAGUGCCAGCUCUACUGCCAAGGAGAAUAGCAAGAAGCUGAAAAUGAAGUUCCCCACCAAAAUCCCCAACCGGAAGACCAAGUCAAAAAUGGGCAAGGGAGGCAUCACCCCAUCCAACCUGAACGAGAGCAUUGAGAUCCUCAAGCUGGACUCGUCCAUGACAGACGGGAAAGUCAAUAUGGGCUCUCCUCAGUUCCAGGCCUUCAGUCUGCAGAAGGCUGCUGCAGAUGGCCUGAUGUCGCUGAUGCGAGACAUCGGCCGGGGGUACCUGGCCCUCUGCUCUUACAAUUGUAAGGAGGCUAUCAGCAUCCUGAGCCAGCUGCCCUCCCAUCACUACAAUACAGGGUGGGUCCUGGGACAGAUCGGCAGGGCCCACUUUGAGCUGGCCGAAUACAUGCAGGCGGAGAGGAUCUUCUCAGAGGUGCGGCGCAUCGAGAGCUACCGGGUGGAGGGCAUGGAGAUUUACUCCACCACCCUUUGGCACUUGCAGAAGGACGUGGCCCUGUCGGCCCUGUCCAAAGACCUCACCGACAUGGACAAGAAUUCACCAGAGGCAUGGUGCGUGGCUGGUAACUGUUUCAGUCUGCAGAGGGAGCAUGACAUUGCCAUUAAGUUCUUCCAGCGUGCCAUCCAGGUGAACCCGGGCUUUGCCUACGCCUACACGUUGCUAGGCCAUGAGUUUGUCCUCACAGAGGAGCUGGAGAAGGCUCUGGCCUGCUUCCGUAACGCCAUCAGAGUCAACACACGCCACUACAAUGCCUGGUAUGGCUUGGGGAUGAUCUACUAUAAGCAGGAGAAAUUCAACCUGGCAGAGAUUCACUUCAAGAAGGCACUUAGCAUCAACCCUCAGAGUUCUGUGCUCCUCUGCCACAUCGGAGUGGUUCAGCAUGCACUGAAGAAGUCUGACCAUGCUUUAGAAACCCUGAAUAGAGCGAUCAACAUAGACCCCAAGAACCCUCUAUGCAAAUUCCACAGGGCCUCCAUCCUCUUCGCUAAUGAAAAGUACAAGGCGGCUCUUCAAGAGCUGGAAGAGCUGAAACAAAUAGUGCCCAAAGAGUCCCUUGUUUACUUUUUAAUAGGAAAGGUGUAUAAGAAGCUGGGCCAGACCCACUUGGCAUUGAUGAAUUUCUCCUGGGCAAUGGACCUGGAUCCCAAAGGAGCCAACAAUCAGAUCAAAGAGGCCAUAGACAAGAGGUACCUCCCUGACGACGAGGAGCCUGUCACUGAGGACUACCCCUAUGACUCAGCAGCUGAGGUGGAGGAGUCGCAGGAGAGCAGUAUGACCGACGCAGAUGACACACAGCUCCACACUGCCGAGAGCGACGAGGUCCUGUAACUCACCUGCCCCUACCCCUCCACCCCGACCCCUCUUUUGGACUUAAAAACCAUGCCAACCUGGAGCCAACCGCUGGACUCCAGCAUUAAAGAGGAAGAGGAAAAAAAGGAAAACAAACUGCUGCUAAUACAGUACCUCCGAUUUAUU